GUUGCAAUAGGGUAACACCAGCGGACGGACAUGGCUUGUAUUCCUUUUUCAAAACAAACCAUCUUUCUAUAUUUAGAUGCGUUUUACUUACCAUUAUGUGGUUAGUUGCGAACGUUAGUUAUAAGGCAUUAUCUUGAUAUAUAACUUGCUAAAUAAUGGUAGUGUUUGCCAUUCGGGAUUAACGCUAGCUAUCAUUUUCUAGUAAUAGCUUUAGAGUAUUUUUAGCUAAUGCAUGAUAGCUAACGUCACGCAACGAUAACGAUCCUGCUAGCUGUCGGUAACCGCUUAACCGCAUUACUAGCAUUAUCUAAUGUCAUUGGGCUAUAUGUUGUAAGGUUGCCAAACACAGCACAGUAUCCGACGUCAACAUUUUACAGUGGACGACGUUAACUUAGGAUACAAUUGUUAACGUUAGCGGGCAUCUGCUCAAAUACUCAUCUUAACGUUAGCUUGUAGCGAGCUUUUGACGGAUAUCUCCUUUUGGCUGGUUAAGCAACAUGGGAAAGUGACGUUAUGAUGUGACAACAAAGGGCAACGCUUGAUGAUCAGCGUGUGUCAUGCAUGACUUGUAUUGCUCAAGAGAUUCAUACCCACAUAAAGAGUGGUGAGAAGGUCAGUUAACAUCACAGGGAUAUUUUGCCUUGUAUAGCUGCAAAAUGCCUGGAAUGGUGGUGUUUGGUCGGCGGUGGGGGAUCGCCAGCGAUGACCUGGUUUUCCCCGGAUCCUUUGAGCUGUUCGUCCGUGUACUUUGGUGGAUUGGCACCAUGAUCCUGUUCACCUAUCACAAGGGUAACUUUGAUUGUAACGGUGGAGGAGUUCUCCACACCUUUCUGGUUGGACUCAUGGUUGUGCUGGCGCUCAUCAUCCUGUCACUUUGUGCUACUGUUUAUGUCAGUGCCCAAGGUACCAUUACAAACCCUGGCCCACGGCGCUCCAUCCCUGCUCUGAUUUACCUGCGUGCGAUCCUGUACAUCCCUGAGCUGGUGUGGGCCUGUCUGGGAGCCAUGUGGGUGUCUGAAGACAGCAAAGGCUGCGAUCCAGCCACAGUGGGGGCUGUCAUCUCAGCAGUGAUAGCCAGCUGGAUCAUCCUGCUGUUCACCGGGUUGGGCGUUGUGUUUGUGUUUGACCCGCUGGGAAACCCCCAUCCUCAGCACUCUGCCAUGGAGCCUCUGGGAGUCAGAGACCAGCAGAGCACCGAGGGCACGCAGUUCCUGUCCACCGCUCGCUCCUUGGCCGUCAAGGUGUGGGAGAGCCGGCUGAGGCUGCUCUGCUGCUGCCUGCCGCAGGACGAGAGCCACCGGGCGGCCUUCUCCAGCAUCGCACAGCUCGUCGGGGGGUUCUUCUCCGACACAGACCUGGUCCCCAGUGACAUCGCAGCUGGUCUGGCUCUGCUGCACCAGGAGCAGGAUAAGAUGGAGCAGAGCAGAGACCCAGACAUCAUGGUGGAUCACAGCCCCUCGUCUCCCAUCGGAGAGGAUUUGGAGACAGAGCUGGAGAAAGCAGCUCACUGUAUGCAGUUUGCUGCUGCUGCCUAUGGCUGGCCCAUGUACAUUUACUCCAAUCCCCUCACCGGGCCCUGCAAACUCAGUGGAGACUGCUGUAGAAGCCGUGAGGCUGAGUAUGACAUUGUUGGAGGAGACCACCUCGGCUGCCACUUCUCCUCCAUCCUGCAGAGCACAGGUCUACAGUACAGAGACUUCAUCUACGUCAGCUUCCACAACCAGAUCUAUGAGAUCCCUUUUUAUGUAGCCCUGGAUCACAAGAGAGAGGCUGUUCUGGUGGCUGUCAGAGGAACUCUGUCUCUGAAGGAUGUGCUGACAGACCUGUCUGCUGAAUGUGAGAACCUGCCUAUAGAGGGAGUGCUGGGAUCCUGCUACGCUCACAAGGGCAUGUGUCAAGCGGCAGGCUACAUCUACAAGAAGCUGGUCAACGAUGGCAUCCUAAACCAGGCUUUCACCAUAGCACCGGAGUACAAGCUGGUCAUCACAGGUCACAGUCUGGGUGCUGGCACAGCGUCUCUGCUGGCUAUCCUCUUGCGCAAUUCCUUCCCCACCCUGCAGUGCUACUCAUUCUCUCCACCAGGGGGCCUGCUAAGCAAAGCCUUAGCUGAUUACUCCAAGGACUUUGUGGUGUCCGUUGUGCUGGGAAAGGAUCUGGUUCCCAGAUUGAGCCUUCCCAAUAUGGAGGACCUGAAGAGAAAGAUUCUUAAAGUAGUUUCAAACUGCAAUAAGCCCAAGUACCGCAUCCUGCUGCAGGGGUGUUGGUACGAGGUCUUUGGAGGAGACCCUGAUGACUUCCCCACUGAGAUGGACAACAGGAGGGAGGAGGAGCUUAGCCAGCCUCUGUUGGGGGAGGAGUCACUGAUGAUUCGCCACUCAUCAUCCUAUCAGAGCCUGGCGUCGGACGAGUCCCCUGCUCAUACUGCUACCCACUUACCUCUCUUCCUGCCUGGACGCAUUCUGUACAUCACAGAAGAUGGGCCGUCACGGAGGUUUGUCUACAAAUAUUUGUAAUCUCUGACUUCCCCAGAUCUAACCUAAGCAGAGUGGUGCA